AUGUCUGUGAGAAUGAGGAGCACAUUUCUCCUGCUGUGUCUUCUGACUGUCGUUCACACCUUUGGGAUUUUGAGAAAGGACAAGUCCAGGAAUCAUCAAGAGAUCACAAGAACGGCUGUUCUACGUGCUACUGCAACAACCUGCGUGGAAACUGAAGGGUUCACAAUGCCAAAACCACUGAACAUGAAGACACUGGCAGAAGCCUGCGGAAAAAUGAAAUAUGAAGAUCAUUUUGAAAAAGCUAUUAGAGUUAUCUGCUACUACAACGUGAAAACAGACCUUCUUUCAGAUCCAGAAUACCAUUUUAACAAUGAGAAAUUUAAGAUGGGGAGAAAACUCAUAACUGAUGGAAUAACCAAAAUCACCGGACAAGUGAUGAGUCAGAGUUUUGAUGACGCAAGAGAGACGCUCGGAGAAAUUCUGCACACUUUACAGGAUUUCUACAGUCACAGUAACUGGAUAGAGCUGGGAAACACCUCACCAUACACUGCUCUCAUCAAUCCAGACGAAGAGUUAAAGAACAUUGCAGAUGAACUCCAAGAAACCUGUGAGAAAGAUUGUGUAAAAAAGACUUGUAGGGCAUCCCUUAAGGAAGACAUUAUUAAUAACAAGAUUCUGACGUCAGGAUACUUUGGCUCAAAGAAACCAGCAGGAAAGUGCAGUCAUGGAGGUGGUUUAGACUUAACAACUGGCUUUGGCAAAAGCUGGAACGGGAUAAACAAGGAUUCCAGAGACUCCAGUCACGGUUCACUACACAAGAAAGCUGCAGUUGUUGCUAUUGAAGCCAGCGUGAAGCUGCUGGAGAACAUUCGGGACAAGAUCAACAACCCCAACAGCUUUCUCAGACUGGUGGGGCUUCAUGAGGAAAAGCCGAAGGGAAGUUUGAAAACUCUUCUGUUUUCUGCUUUUAAAGACAGAUAUCCAGAUGCUAGUGAGGGCGCUGAAUUUGACGACUGA